AGCCCGGUAUUCUUAGUCCUGUAUCUGCUGACAAGUACUUUGAUAUGUUAGAAGUAGUUGAUGAUUUUUACAAAGCAAGCUUUAGGCCUUAUGGCUUGAUCAUCGAUGCAAUACACAAACUAGAGAAAAGACUUGAAGAAGUUGAAAAAAAA